AUGUUCUUGGAAUGUAAGAUUUCAAAACCAGAUGUUCAAGUAAUAUGGCUAAAAGAUAAUGAAGAAAUUUACACAGAGGUGCGUCGAAGGAAGUGCGUGGAAAAACAUGUACACCGAUUGAUUGUUGAAGAUGUUACCAACACAGAUACCGGUGUAUACAAAUGUGUCUUUGAAGACUCUUGUACAACAUGUACUGUCACAGUCGAGGAAAGACAAACGCCAACCGAAUUCCUUCAGACGCUCUCGGACAUAUGUAUUGAAGACAAAUCUGGAUCUGCCAGUUUUCAAUGUAAAAUAAACAAAGUAAGUGUGGACGUCAAAUGGUACCACGGAAGUCAGAUUUUAUCACCGUCUGAAAAAUAUCAGCUUGUUGAUGAAGGGCCAAUUCAUAUACUAAAGAUACACAAUGUCGUCGACAAAGAUGAAGGCACAUACCAUAUCGUUGCUGAUGGACAAACAUCCUCUGCAAUGCUCAAUAUAGAAGACACAGAAGAAGAAAGAGAAUUAAUUCGACAGUAUUUAGCAGAGAAACGCAAAUCUGAGUAUGUACUUUUUUACUACUGAUUAUUU